CGUGGCAAUGCAUCAUAAAGUAGGCGUGGUUUAGUAUUGUCAACAUCCUGGUGACAUAACUAGUUUCUCCAAAAUGGCGACGGUGGACCAGAGAGAAGCAGGUCAGGACGACCCAGAGAGUGAAGAUGAGGUGUAUGAGGUUGUGGACCUGACAGAAUAUGCCCGGAGGCACCAGUGGUGGAGCAGGGUGUUUGGGAACAAUUCAGGCCCGAUUGCUGAGAAGUACUCUGUGGCCACUCAGCUCAUGAUGGGAGGGGUGACUGGAUGGUGUGCUGGUUACCUCUUCCAGAGAGUUGGGAAGAUAGCUGCAACUGCUGUUGGUGGAGGGUUCCUUCUUUUACAGAUCGCCAAUCACAGUGGCUACGUGCAGGUAGACUGGAAGAAAGUGGAAAAGGACGUGAACAAAGCAAAGAAACACUUGAAGAAGAAAGCAAACAAAGCAGCCCCUGAAAUAAACACAUUCAUUGAGGAGGUAAAGGCCACAGACUUUAUAAAGAGGAACAUCGUCCUGUCCAGCGGGUUUGUUGGUGGCUUCUUUCUGGGUUUGGCCUCCUAAAGCUGCUGCACACGCUGCAGUCUCCUCUUACUGUGAAUCACAUCGCUACAUAGGUCACUUUUAUCUCCAUUGUUUACCUCUCGGCCCCAUGUGUGCAUUGAUUUAUCUUUUAAUGAACUGAACGGGGGGAUUAUGUUGAACAUUAAAGCAUGAUCUGUUGUGACAGUGGUAUACUCUUGCUAUAGUUUAAAAUCAAUCCUUGCUAAUUAUCUCCUUUGGGGUGGGGGGUGGUGAUUGGUUAAAUACACAUUGUGAAGUGUGUAUGAGGCGGUCAGUAGAGAAUUGAGGUACUUGGAUUGUACUGUGAAGACUGUCUUCUGUGGGGCCCAUCAAGGCUCUUUGCCAGACUGCUAAAUAUGUCAAGCUGCCACAAACUAGCACAGACGCGUCUCAAUCGUCCAACCCCUCAUCUAUUUACCCGGUGGAUGCCGAUCUCGUAUAGUUAUAAGUUGGCAUGUGUGGGCGCCAUUGUAAAUAUAUAGCUAACCCCUUUUCAGAGCUGUAAAUAUUAUAUAAACAACACAGAAGGCAGCAGAGUGGGAAGUUAACACCAUCCCCCAGUCUAUUGCUUCGAGGUAUUUUUUAUGUAGCUGUGAAGUUUGGCGAGGUUUAUGUGCCAUUGAAGCAAACACAAUGCUGUUUUUAAAGUUUAUCACACUGGCUCGGGCUCUAAAGAAAGGUAUUUUUCCACCCUAAGCGGGAGUUUUUCUUGAUAUACAACACAUAUCACGUGCGUUAAUCACAACUAAAUGUUAAAUCUGUUAAUAUGCUCUACUUUGGACGGACAACAGAGUAUGAAAUACAGAUUCUGUAUACCCAUAAUCCUCAGCUCCACAAUGCCCAUUUAAUGACAGGAUGAGCAUCUGCUGUACCCUAAUUACCACCAUCACAAGCUAGACACCAAAAGAGACACUAGUCCUGUCAUUAAGGAGCAUAAUGGAGCAGAGACUGUGACUCCUACGCCCUCGCUACUGUCGUUGUGCAUUUAGUAGUGUCAGUGUAGCAAUAACAUAACAGCGACGCUGCCGAGUUGUACAUCAUUACGUUAAUUAUACAGAUAGGAUAUCCACACACGGGGGACGAGUUAAGGUGAUCACAGGUUGCUUAUUUUGUUUAUUGCCUUUUUCUUCCAGUGCAAUAUACAGUGACGUUUGAGAUGUAAGUUUUGUUUUGAAGAGCUUGUUAUGUCUUCAUCUGGCAUUUUGUAUGCUCAUAUUCCCUCAUUGUUUCUAUUUAAUAUUAUUUUUAUAACUUUAUUUGAGCUGUAUGAAUUUUGUUGCGUGUCUCUUGAAAUAAAGAUGCCUGGUUUUGUUUCGAGUUACAAUAAAAUAAAGACAGGAUACAUUUA